GUCAGAUUAACGAUUUCUAUAAAUUCAGAAGUGGCAUAUCAGUCUGGCAUUGUUCUGUUGAUUGUAAAAGAUGUUGCGUGAAAUUUUGCUUGCCAUUUUUAUUGGUUUCGGUGCAGUUUUCGCUGCACCGUCGAUCGAUGCGAAUUUCGGACGAAUCGUCAAUGGAACGGAUAGCAACAUUGAACACUAUCCCUUUAUGGUGUCGAUAAGGGGAACGAGUCGGUCUCAUUCUUGCGGAGGAACACUUAUUAGUCCGCUGUGGGUUCUGACGGCAGCGCAUUGUGUAACGCGCGAGUUCAGUUAUUACAACAUUCAGCACAGUUCAACCGUAAUAUCACCAGACGCCACUGUUGGUGUAAUAGAAGCAGCCGAAAUCGUUUCCCAUCCCAAUUACGAUCCGUCCAACUCCUAUAUUCAUGAUAUCGCUUUGAUCCGGUUAAGCGAACCUGCCGAAGUAUCGCAGUACGCAAUUCUACCACGGCAAUUUGCUGAUGUAGCACAUGAGACCCCGUCAAAAUUACUCGGUUGGGGACUGGAUCAAACCGGUGGCGUAAUUCAGACAACCUUACAAGAAGUUGAUUUGAUUGUAUUUUCGGAUGAGGACUGUCGCGAUCGCCACAAUAGCGUGAUCCAUCCGUCGCACAUUUGCGGUGGUGUGCCUGAGGGAGGACGCGGACAAUGCAGCGGUGAUUCAGGUGGUCCACUACUGGUAAAUGGAGUUGAAGUCGGCAUUGUUUCAUGGAGCGUAAAACCAUGUACCAUAGCUCCGUAUCCGGGAGUUUACACCCAAGUCUCGUACUAUCGUGAAUGGAUUCGACAGGUUACAAGAGUUUAAUAAAAAAAAUGUUUCAUUACA